GAGAGCUAGAGAAGCUAUUUAUAUAUAUUAAUUUGUUACGUGUGUAUAUCUAUAUAAAUAUAUAUAGAUGGCAACCGAUGGGAAGGAUAUUCAUAGCUCAUCAGCAGCAGCAUCAGUAGUGGUGGGAUUCGAGGACUACUUGCCGUGGAUGGCGGAGCGGCUGGGGGAGGAAGGGCUGAUGGAGGAGCUGUGCAAGGGGUUCCAGCUGCUGAUGGACCAGCGGAGCGGCCUGAUCACCUUCCAGAGCCUGAAGCGCAACGCCGCCGCCCUGGGGCUGGGCCAGCUCGGCGACGAGGAGCUCAUGGGGAUGGUGCGGGAAGGGGACGUCGACGGCGACGGCGCGCUCGACCAGAUGGAGUUCUGCGUCCUCAUGCUCAGGCUCAGCCCCCAGCUCAUGGACGACUACUCUCAGAAACUGCUUCUCGGAGAAGCAUUUCCUGCUGAUGAUCAUAUAUAA